UUACGGGCCUGGUAGAAACAACUGGAAAGUGGAAACCUCAAACAGCACAGCCGACUGCUAGUAAUCAUUUGUUCUGUUAACACAAGUCCUCUGGACGGCUAUGGCUUCCGAGAAAGAUGCUGCUCUUGCUGCUGUGCCCUCUGGUUCUCCCACCAUAUUUGACAAGAUUAUCAACAAGGAAAUACCAGCCAACAUCGUGUACGAGGAUGACAAGGUGCUUGCUUUCAGGGACAUAGCGCCCCAAGCCCCUGUACACGUCGUCAUUAUUCCUAAAGUGACAGAUGGCUUAACUGGAAUUUCCAAGGCUGAAGAGAAACACACUGAGAUUCUUGGCCGUCUUCUUUACACGUCAAAACUUGUUGCCAAACAAGAAGGCCUCGAGGACGGCUUUAGGCUUGUGAUUAAUGACGGGCCAAAAGGAUGCCAAUCUGUCUAUCACCUUCACAUUCACCUGCUCGGGGGACGCCAAAUGAACUGGCCGCCUGGCUGAGCUGCUUAUCUCAUAGAUAUGCAUGGAAAGCUCUUACAUUCACUAUGCCAAACUAGGGACGCUGUUAACUGCUUUGUCUGAUUCUGUUCUUUGAUGUUAAUUUAAAUUAAAACGAAGAGUGUGUGCAAACAACAAUUUGUAGAGAUCAGUUGAUCCAUGCCAUUUGGUAUUUCUAUCAUUGGGUGCAUGUAAGAAUUACCUCUGACUGCGGAGUUUUGACUGUUGCACGUACUUUCUGAAGUUUGCAUUAUCAGAAUCAAGAAAUCUACAACAGUGUUUUCAGAA